CUCUUGUGUCCAAAACUACCAUCCCAAGUUGGCUCAGCCGUCCAUAUUAGCAGCUCCAGCUCCAACACAGCUGAAGCAAAACAGAGUCCCCCAUUUAAGCUUGAGCCCUAGUAGCCGCCCAUCAGCUGAAACCGAGUUCAGUGCUCAAGACGAUCUGACAGGAGUUCAGAUUGAAGGUCCUGGACCUACAGAUUAAAGGUUCCAACUAGUUUUGCCGCCAAACCCCACUUACACCGCUCCUAUAACUCCAGAUUUCAUGGUAACAAGAGCUCAAAGACAUGCAGUGAACUACCGGCUUCAAUAGUUCAGUCAACUCGGUGAGGGAUUUUCAGUUGAAAAAAAAGGCAACCCUUCAGUUCCAACAAUCUCAAAAGCAGUCAUAUGGACUGGACAGAACAAAUGUUUAACAUCUGUCAACAGAAACCGCAAAAACAGCUGCCAACAUAUCCCCCAUUCAGUGACAUCAGUAGCAGCUCAGGAUCACAUAACUGGUUCCCUCCAAAUCCUUAUCAAGUUCAACCAAGGAAGAUAAAGUUUAUUUGCAACUUUGGCGGCACAUUCUUACCAAGGCCAAGUGACGGAGAGCUCCGGUAUGUCGGCGGAGAGAGGCAUCUGGUUCAGAUUAACCGGGACAUGUCAUGGCAUGAGCUGACCUGCAAGACAACAAAGCUAAUUAGGCGGGAUCACACAAUCAAGUACCAUCUCCCAGGGGAGCAACUGAACAUGCUCAUUUCCAUCACCUCCGAUGAUGACCUUCGAAAUAUGAUUGAUGAGUGCAUUGUGCUAGAAGCAAACAGAGAAAGGCUUACCAUGUACCUUUUCUCUGCUAAAGACGAUGAGCACAAUGUGCACUUACUUGUCACAUGCUCAUCCUAUGCAGAAAAGGAAGCGCAGUUCAUUGCUCUCAUCAAUGGACUCACCAGACCAAUCGUGGCAUCAAGAAUGCAAAGCAUUGGCAGCACCUCAACCAAUGAUCUAGAUCAGGCGAUGCUUGGUAUCAAAGAUGAUAGACUACCAGCAGGCACGGAAGAGGAAAGUUCACUGUACAUGAAAGGUAAGCCCUCACAAAGGAUCGUUGUAGAACCGCCAAAAGCAUCAAGUGGAUCGCUGGAGAAGACACUUCCAACUCCAAACUUUUUAACACGGAUGGCCAAAAAAGACAAGGCAAAAAACAGAGAAGGUGACCUGAUCACCUCUGGAAGAAAGAUAACUGGUGUUCACUUCAGCCCAUCUGUGCCAGCUGAAUCCAUACAUGCAGCUAAGAGGGAGGCAGGUAGUGAUCAGGCUGUCUCAAGGCAUCAGCCAGAACUCGAGCGAACUGCUACAAUCACAAUCGAAAAGGGCAUUCAAGCUGCAGGAACUCAGGAAAAAGGAUCACCAAGAAAAGAGCUGCUGAUACCACCGGACAACAGCAAUGUGAAUAAAUUAUUGUCCAAUUCAAACAACAAUAGUCCAACACCACACACAAGUCGAGCCGCAUAUGAAGUGCCUGCAUCUUUAUCAAGGGCCCCCAAGAAAGCAGCGAAUCAACAAACAAGCUCUGACAAUAACAAGAUGAAACCAGGAGGGCACAACAGCCAGGAAGAAGGUAUGUCUCAUUCAGCACAAGAACCACAGAUGAAGAACAAAAACUACCAAUUGCAAAAUAAGAUGGAGAUGUCUGGACAUGGUCCUGAGUCUGUGACUCCUAUGCAAUGCCAUGAUAAUAUGGGGAUCAGUUCAAACCAUACUCUUGAGAAGUCGGUUGCAACCAACAGCAGGACGAAGCAACAGCCAGAAGUUCCUAUUACGCGGAGUAACACUUCGAAAGAAGGUCAUCCUUCUAAGGUUUCUAGCAAUAGUGAAGAAACAAUAUUUUCUAGCCCUUUUACAUCUUCAGACAAGACAACUGAGCUGAAACAACAUACUCUAGUGCGUGCUUCCAGCGAGAGACAGCAAGAGCGACCCAGCAGUCCAAGACCUGAUGAACAGUCAUCAAGAAUGAUAAAAUCUCGGUCAGUUGGUGCUGAUAGAAAUAGUCCUCAAGAAGUUAAAGAUAACACUGUGCCAUUGAUCUCAGAGCUUGAAGAACACAGAACCAAGAACACUGAACAAGGUCUUCCCAAAUCUGUAGCAUUGAGCCGGGGUCUUACAACUAACGUCCAGAUAAUAAGCAACGAGGACCUUGAAGAUCUCCGUGAGAUGGGCUCUGGUGCAUUCGGAACAGUUUUCCAUGGAAAAUGGAAGGGGACAGAUGUUGCUAUUAAACGGAUAAAAAACAGCUGCUUUAUGUUACCAUCACCUCAAGCAGACAAGCUGAUUACAGAAUUUUGGAGAGAAGCAGACAUCAUCUCGAAACUUCACCACCCAAAUAUUCUGGCACUGUAUGGAGUUGUAAAUAAUGGACCUGGAGCAACAUUAGCUACUGUAACAGAAUUCAUGGUCAAUGGAUCUCUGAAGAAAGUCCUCCAUCGCAAAGACAAAUAUCUUGAUUGGCGCAAACGGAUCAUGCUUGCAAUGGAUGCAGCCAUUGGCAUGGAGUACUUGCACUCCAAGGACAUUGUCCACUUUGAUUUGAAAUGCGAUAACUUGCUAGUGAAUGUUAAGGAUCCAUCUCAUCCCAUUUGCAAGGUUGCUGAUUUUGGUUUAUCAAAGAUGAAACAAGCCACCCUGGUUUCUGGUGGAAUGAGAGGAACUCUUCCAUGGAUGGCCCCAGAGUUGCUGACAAUGAGUGGCACUAAAGUAUCUGAAAAGAUUGAUGUCUAUUCUUUUGGAAUUGUAAUGUGGGAAAUUCUCACGGGUGAAGAUCCAUAUGAUGGCAUGCACUAUGGAGGAGUCAUAGGGGGUAUUUUGAGCAACACACUGCGGCCACCAGUGCCAGCUUCAUGUAACCCAGAAUGGAGGAAACUGAUGGAGCAGUGCUGGUCAACUGAGCCCGAGAGACGACCUGCCUUCACUGAAGUAGCAUCCCGUCUUCGUGCCAUCCUAGAAGCAAGCUAGAACGAAUCUCUAUAAAUGAAUUUGCAUGAAUAACCACUCCCCAUCCAUCAGAACACUUUACCUGUCAAAGCAUGAUGUAGCCAUGAGCUGAAAAUGGUACCAAGUACCAGUAUGAAAAUUGAAAAGCAUUAAACUCCAGACAGUCUCCCCAAAGUUAACUAUGGGAAGCUUAUUCUGACUUGGCAUACCAUGUAAAUUUAAGAUCUAAAUGCAGCUGUGCUGUUACUGAACAUGUAGAUGAAAAGGGAAGUAGAAGUUCCAUCAACCUUUGGACAUUCUUUAUUUAAUCUGUAAAUUUAAUCGUUAUUAGUCUGA